AUGAUUAAACAAUUUUAUAUAUUACUAAAUUUCUUAUAUUUUACAAUUAUAUUUGCAUUAGAUAUUGGAAUUGAACAAACUUUGGUACUUCAUGAUCCAGAAAUAUUACCACUAAAUGAUUCAACUUCAGGAUCUAAUUUCCUCAAAUAUUUGGAUUCAAAUUUUGAAUUGACAUUUGCAGAUUAUAAUAAUGAUGAAAUUUCAUUAUUUUAUAACGAUGAAGAAUCAAUUAGAUUUGAUAAUAUAAUUUUAUUCCCAUCUUCAAAGAAAACAAUCAAUAAUAAAAAAAAUUUAAAUCAACAUAAUUUACUUAAAUUUAUAAAUUUAAAAGGUAAUGUUUUGGUAAUUGGUGGAUCUGAAUCAACUUCGUUACCAGAACCUUUUAGAAUUUGGUUAAACGAAUUGGGAAUUUAUCCAGCUCCUAAAAAUUAUAAAUAUAUCGACCAUUUCAAUACAAAACUCAGUGAGAAAAACAACCUCAUUAAAAACAACAUAGUCGAUAGUUUGAAAGUUGAGUCUUAUGAUGGUUCAGCAGCUUUAAUUACAAAUAAUGAAUUGAUUUUCCCCAUUAUUUCAUCAUCUAAAACUGGGUAUACUAAUAAAGUGGGUACACCAAUUGAUCAAGAAUCUACUUGGACAUUCGGUACUCAAGGAUACUUAGCAGUUGCAUUCCAAGCUCUUAAUAAUGCAAGAGUAGCAUGGAUUGGAUCAAUUGAUUUAUUGAAUCAAGUUGAGAUUUACGAAUGGGUUUUCCAAAAAAAGAAUACUUUGAGAUUACAAUUCGCCCAACAUGUAAACAAUGAAGAUCCAUCGAAGAUUAAUCCAACAUUAUAUAGAAUCAAAGAUCAAGCAAUUUAUACAAUUGGAAUCUCGGAAUUUAAAAAUGGACAAUGGGUACCAUUUGAAAUUGGAGAUGGUUCAGAUUUAACUCCACAAUUAAGUUUUAAAAUGUUGGAUCCUUAUCAAAAAUUGAAUUUGGAAAAAUUGGGUAAAGUAAGCUCAAAAGAGAAGGGAGAUUUAGACACUUUUGCAUAUUUUGUUAAUUUUACAGUUCCUGAUCAUCAUGGAAUGUUUACUUUUGAGUUAGACUACAAGAGACAUGGUUAUUCUUGGAUUUUGGAUAAGAAGAUAGUUACUGUUAGACACCUUGCUAAUGACGAAUUUAAGAGAAGUUGGGAUAUUACUAAUUCUUGGUUAUAUAUUGCUAGUACUUUAUUAGUCAUUAUUGCUUGGUUUUUAUUUGUUGUUAAUUAUAUAUAUGUUGGAAAAGUAAAUUAUAAAAAGAAAGAUCAAUAG